AAAAAAUAAUAUUUCUCACAACUUUUUUUUUUCUCUCUUCAAAAUUUCUUUCACAAACAUCAAAUUUCCUCACAAAUCAACCAUCAAAAAACCCCCACAUUUAUUCCAAAACAAUUUCAAUCCUUUCAUUUUUUGUUAAUCAAAUAAAUUAAAAUCAAAUUAAUUUAAAUUUAGGGCAGAUCAAUGAAAACAACUUCUUUGACAUUAAGCUUAUAGAAAGGGAUAUAUGGUGCUCAUUAAUUAGCUUUGAGGAAUUAUUUAACUUUCGUGAGUUUGUUUAUAGACGUAUAUUUGGCUGAAAUACGUUUGAAUUAGAGUUAUAUAAUCAUGGUUGCUACGGCUGCCACUGCAUCAUUGUUUCCGAUUACAUCCCCACAACCAGAAUCUGGGGCCAAUAAUUCUGGCAAGCAUGGAUGCGGGAUGGGUAGUGUAGAUGUGCGUGGAAUCAAGAAAAAGUCUGGAUCUUCUGGUUUGCAAGUUAAGACCAAUGCACAGGCACCGACUAAGGUAAACGGUACUAGAAUGGGUGUUAUGGAUGGCCUCAAGACUGAUGAUAAUUCAUCAUCAGCUGCCCCAAGAACAUUUAUCAACCAGUUGCCUGAUUGGAGCAUGCUCCUUGCUGCUAUUACUACUAUUUUCUUGGCUGCGGAGAAGCAAUGGAUGAUGCUAGAUUGGAAAACGAAGCGUCCAGACAUGCUUGUGGAUCUGGAUCCUUUUGGUUUAGGAAGAAUCGUUGAGGAUGGGUUUGUAUUUCGUCAAAACUUUUCUAUACGAUCGUAUGAAAUAGGGGCUGAUCGAACUGCUUCGGUUGAGACCUUAAUGAAUCAUUUGCAGGAAACGGCCCUUAAUCAUGUAAAAAAAGCUGGAAUCCUGGGCGAUGGCUUUGGUUCAACGCCUGAGAUGUGCAAGAAAAAUCUUUUUUGGGUUGUCACAAAGAUGCAAGUGCUAGUAGACCGUUAUCCGACCUGGGGUGAUGUGGUUCAAGUAGAUACUUGGGUGGCUGCUUCUGGGAAAAAUGGUAUGCGUCGUGAUUGGCUGAUACGUGAUUGCAAGACAGGGGAGAUACUAACAAGAGCUUCAAGUAACUGGGUUAUGAUGAAUAAAGUUACAAGGAGGUUAUCAAAGAUUCCUGAUGAAGUCCGAGCUGAAAUUGAGCAAUAUUUUGUAGACACACCUCCUGUUGUUGAUGAAGACAACAGAAAAUUACCAAAACUUGAUGAGAACAAUGCGGACCAUGUCCGUAGUGGUUUAACUCCAAAGUGGAGCGAUCUUGAUGUCAACCAGCAUGUCAACAAUGUAAAGUAUGUUGGCUGGAUCCUUGAGAGUGCUCCAAUGCCUGUCAUGGAGAACUAUGAGCUUUCAAGCAUCACACUCGAGUAUCGUCGAGAGUGUAUGAAGGACAGUGUGCUGCAGUCACUCACUUCUCUACUCGGCAAAUGUCAUGGAGAAAUGGCUGAUCUCAACCAUGUUGAUUGUCAGCAUCUGCUUCGGCUAGAAGGUGGCGGGGAGAUUGUGAAGGGCAGAACCAAAUGGAGGCCCAAAUAUGCAAACAGUAUCAGGAGCAUCAAUCACCUCUCAACUGAAAGUGGCUAAUGCUCGUUUCAGGGUAAGCGGCAUUAUGGUCAUAUAGCUUCUUGUGCUUCUUGCAAGUUAUUUGCAAUCUUUUGACCUCUCAUCUAUAUAUAUAUUAUAUAUGUUCUUUUUUAAAUUGUAUGCUUUUUUUUUUUUAAAACCAUCUUAGUCUAAACAUAGAGAGAAGUGUAACCCUAUUGUAAGUAAAGCCCUUCCUGCACAAACUCUUGUAUCUCCUCUCUUCUCUUCUUAUCUCUCUUCCUGGAUUUACUUAUUUUAAUGUGGCAAUUCUUUAUUAUUUAUAAUCAAAUAUCGUUUUGCUGGUGGUGUUUGUUGAA